AUGCGACGACCUGCCCAGUCUCAAGCCAAUCCCCUGGGAGCCAUUGGCCCCGGUCAACUCGGACGCUCCUCGGACAUCAUCGCCUACGGCACACGCACAGGCACUGUAUGUCUCGCAAGUAUCCACUGGCAACAGGCCUCAGGCUCCUCGUGCUGCUCCACAUCCUCAUCGGAGACCGCCGAGGACAAAAGCCGCCCGGGUCUGGCCGUCACGCCCUUGGCCACUUGGAAACGGACCUCCGCAGCCAUCUCUUUGCUCGCCUUCGUGGACAACUAUCAGGCCCUGCUUGUCGCCACGCCAACGGCCUCCCCUAUCUCGUCUCUGUCGCUGCCCAGCCUUGGCUCCUCUGCGAACUCGCUGGCUACAAUUGCAAACCCCUCGCAUCCAUCCAAUCCUCUUCUCUCCGCAGCUUGGAAGGAUAGAAAUGUCUUCAUUUGGAAUUGGCCCCCUCAAUCUUCCUCUCUUCCCAAUCCAUUACCAUCUAAAAUCACGACAUAA